AUGGGCGACGCAGGUGGUGGGUUCGGAUCUGGUUUCGAAGUCGUCACCGCGAGAAAUCAAGAAGAACGCAGCAGCGGACCGGGAACAGGGUCUCCCACUCCCGCACAUCUGACGAAGAUACUAUACAUCCCUCAUCAUGAGGAGGGCACCUCGCACGUUUCGGUCGCGGAAGUCACUGCUCAGUACAAAGAGAGUGUCAAGGAACGUGGGAUGGGAUCAGCCUCGUAUGUCGUCGCGCUUGGACGAAUGCCUAAGCCCCAAGCGGGUGGCACUGAACAAGCAACCGAGGAGAAUGCGGCUCUCUAUAAUGUCGAAUUCAAAGAUGCGGCGUUGACCUUGAAAUCUGUCGCGUCAUCUUCAAAUGCGGAGUCGCUCGUGGAGGCAAAUGUGACCAUUGAAUCUGCAAAAGAUAAAGCCGCUAUAAUCAAAUUCAAGUCCCGGGAGAAAGAUUCAGUUGACCAAACAGAAGACACCGCGAUAUCGAUGUCGAUAUCCUCUCCAAUCCCCCCAACCUCAUUCAGGAAGAAAGUCUACGUGUACCCGUUUUUCGCUUUCCAGAUUCCCGGGGAAGACAAGACGUACCUUGAAUGGCAAAUUCACCCUGUUUCGCAAGGACGCUUGCGAUAUACUCUCGUGCGCGUCCCACAGAAACAUGAGACCGUUGAGGGUGCCGCUCCCAGCAUCCCCUUGGAGAAAGAUAUUCUUGCUAUCUAUCACCAUAUCGGGGAUACAGUCUCGUUUCCACUGCCGACCAGCGAAGGCGCUCUACUCCUUUCCACUGACAUGAGCCCGGAAACCGAGGCUAUUGUGCUUGCGAGUGUGCUUGGAUUGCUCUGGCAGCUGCGGCAGAUAAGCAAGUCUGGAAAAGGGCCUGGAGCUGAUCGCAAGGUUUCUAAAUUUUUCAAGGGCUUGCUUAACAAGAAGUAA